AUCAGCAGAGGGUGUCAGAUCUUUCAGAGUGCACCAGGCUGGAACGAGCAGAGCUUCUUAGCAACUCUCUUCUUGCUCCCCUCCCCAUUCUCGCGCUCUCUUCCUCCCUCAGACAACUCGCCUCCCGCUCCCCCCACCCCCCGCCCUCCGCCCCCUCCACGUAAUUCCGAAAGAGCAGAGAAGCAAGAGAAGGAGAACAAGAAGCGAGCUUGUAACCGAGAUCCAGAGCCCAGGGGGGUGGGGAGAGAGAGAGAAAAAAAAAAAAAGGCUAAAGAGGACCCGAAGGGAAGGAAACGAAAAAGGAUGGACAGCCACCAAACGCAGCGGUUGCGGAAAUUUCCCAGCGCCAUUGGUUCGGCAGCGUGAGGGUUUCGGUGGAGCGUGAUUUCAGCACCGGGGGGACUGGACAGCACCUCGGGGGGACUUCUCGGCCAGCCCGCGGCGACAGCCAGAACUCCGCCAGCAGCCUCGCCACCAGAAGCCGCCGAGAGCCCCUGCUUUGUAUCAGAGAGGCAAGGAUGGUCGCUGUUACUUUGUGAUGAGAUCGGGAUGAAUUGCUCGCUUUAAAAAUGCUGCUUUGGAUUCUGUUGCUGGAGACGUCUCUUUGUUUUGCCGCUGGAAACGUUACAGGGGACGUUUGCAAAGAGAAGAUCUGCUCCUGCAAUGAGAUAGAGGGGGACCUCCACGUAGACUGUGAGAAAAAGGGCUUCACGAGUCUGCAGCGCUUCACCGCCCCAACCUCCCAGUUCUACCACCUAUUUCUGCAUGGCAAUUCCCUCACUCGACUCUUCCCUAAUGAGUUCGCUAACUUUUAUAAUGCGGUGAGCCUGCACAUGGAAAACAAUGGCUUGCACGAGAUCGUUCCGGGGGCUUUUCUGGGGCUGCAGCUGGUGAAGAGGCUGCACAUCAACAACAACAAGAUCAAGUCUUUUCGGAAGCAGACUUUCCUGGGGCUGGACGAUCUGGAAUACCUCCAGGCUGAUUUCAAUUUGUUGCGGGAUAUAGACCCGGGGGCCUUCCAGGACCUGAACAAGCUGGAGGUGCUCAUUUUAAACGACAACCUCAUCAGCACCCUGCCUGCCAACGUGUUCCAGUACGUGCCCAUCACCCACCUCGACCUCCGGGGGAACAGGCUGAAGACGCUGCCCUAUGAGGAGGUCCUGGAGCAGAUCCCUGGCAUCGCCGAGAUCCUGCUGGAGGAUAACCCCUGGGACUGCACCUGCGACCUGCUCUCCCUGAAAGAAUGGCUCGAAAACAUUCCCAAAAACGCCCUCAUCGGCCGGGUGGUCUGCGAGGCCCCCACCAGACUGCAGGGGAAAGACCUCAAUGAGACCACCGAGCAGGACCUGUGUCCUUUGAAAAACAGAGUGGAUUCUAGUCUUCCGGCGCCCCCUGCCCAGGAAGAGACCUUCGCUGCUCCUGGCCCCCUGCCAACUCCUUUCAAGACAAAUGGGCAAGAGGAUCAUGCCACCCCGGGCUCCGCUCCGAAUGGAGGAGGAGGUACAAAGAUCCCAGGCAACUGGCAGAUCAAAAUCAGACCCACGGCCGCGAUAGCGCCCGGUGGCGGCGCCCGAAACAGACCCCCAGCCCAUGGCUUGCCCUGCCCCGGGGGCUGCAGCUGCGACCACGUCCCGGGAUCCGGGUUAAAGAUGAACUGCAACAACCGCAACGUGAGCAGCUUGGCCGACUUGAAGCCCAAGCUCUCCAACGUGCAGGAGCUGUUCCUGCGAGACAACAAGAUCCACAGCAUCCGCAAGUCGCACUUUGUGGAUUACAAGAGCCUCGUCCUGUUGGACCUGGGCAACAACAACAUCGCCGCGGUGGAGAACAACACGUUCCGGAACCUCCUGGACCUCCGGUGGCUGUACAUGGAUAGCAACUACCUGGACACCCUGUCCCGGGAGAAAUUCGCGGGGCUGCAGAACCUCGAGUACUUGAACGUGGAGUACAACGCGAUCCAGCUCAUCCUCCCGGGCACCUUCCACGCCAUGCCCAAGCUGAGGAUCCUCAUCCUCAACAACAACCUGCUGCGGUCCCUCCCCGUGGACGCGUUCGCCGGGGUGUCGCUCUCGAAGCUCAGCCUGCACAACAACUACUUCAUGUACCUCCCGGUGGCCGGGGUGCUGGACCAGCUCACGUCCAUCAUCCAGAUCGACCUGCACGGGAACCCGUGGGAGUGCUCCUGCACCAUCGUGCCUUUCAAGCAGUGGGCGGAGCGCCUGGGCCCCGAGGUGCUGAUGAGCGACCUCAAGUGCGAGGCGCCCGUGAACUUCUUCCGCAAGGACGUCCUGCUGCUCGCCAACGACGAGCUCUGCCCGCAGCUCUACGCCCCGGCCUCGCCCACGCUCAGCAGCAAGAACAGCACCGGGGGCCCGGCGGCGGCGGAGACCGGCACGCACUCCAACUCCUACCUGGACACCAGCAGGGUGUCCAUCUCCGUGCUGGUGCCCGGGCUGCUGCUGGUGUUCGUCACCUCCGCCUUCACCGUGGUGGGCAUGCUCGUGUUCAUCCUGAGGAACCGCAAGCGGUCCAAGAGGAGGGAUGCCAACUCCUCCGCGUCCGAGAUCAACUCCCUGCAGACGGUGUGUGACUCUUCCUACUGGCACAACGGGCCUUACAGCGCGGACGGGGCGCACCGGGUGUACGACUGUGGCUCCCACUCGCUCUCAGACUAAGAAGACCCCAGCCCCGCUCCCGGGGGAGCUGGGGAGGGAGGGUGGGAGGGAGGGGAAGCGCUGCCCCCCUCCCCUGGCCCACAUCCCAGGGGUCACAGUCACUGAAGCCCAGACCCCCAAGUCCAGUGCGCCCCUCUCCCCCGAGGCUUGCUUGAUGGACAGAAGUAAAUAAAUAAAAACUGUGAACUCGCUCCACGGAGAGGAGUCUGGCUCCUGAGCUCCCUCUCUGGAAACAAAGAGCAGACUGUGGCUGCGACAGCGCUGCUAAAUCGCUCUUUGCUGCCAGCCCUGGCCGGCCGAGAGCCCCUUUCCACAAAGCCCAGCGGGGGCCCUGCUCAGAGACCCACA